UAGAAAACGCACCCCACUGCUCCAGAACUGAGCCUUCCCACGCAACCGGAUCAUCUCCCCUAUGCCAAUCCACUCUACUUCGGGCCUGUUGUUCCAUGCACAGCCCGAGCAGUCAGGAUGGUAUGAUGCGAAGUCGUUCCUAACACCACGAGGAACAAAACUCUCGUAGAAGUGGCAGUCACAGACGUCGAUGCCACCAGCGCAGCCUCCGACGACGCCCCAUCCAUCAGGAUGUCCCAGCUGUCCUCCACCUUGAAGCGCUAUGUCGGCUCGUCCCACUACUCGGAUAGCUCCUACGGCAAGUCCCCUUCCAGCUAUGGCGCCUACUCCUCGUACACCUCCAAUCUAUCCUCCUCGUACCCGAACAAGGAGAAGAUCGGCUACAAGUCCGGCAUGACCUCCAGCUACUACACCUCCAGUCACUUGAGGACUUCGGGGCCAGCCACCUCCUCCUCCUCUUCCAUGAACUACAGCGGAGGCGGGCGCCUGCUCCAGCGCCCCGACUCUGGCACCAGGCUGAGCUCCAGUUACAGCCGGGCCCCGGUGAGACCCCCCGGCAGUGGAGGGCUGAGCGGGGGGUCCAGCUACUCCUUCGGCAGCACGCCCUCCACCAGCUACGGCACCAUGUUGGGCCGCAAAAAAUCCAGCAGCCAUUCGGACCUGGCGCAAGACUUGUCUGGCAUGCAUUUGUCCGACUCGUACCGGGUCGAUUCCACCACCCGUAACCCCCUUAUUGCCCGGAACCGACAGGAGCUGUGCAACCUCCAGGGGUAUUACCAACAGACCGCCAGGCGCUCGGAUUACGUCAAGGAUUAUUUGGAGUCCUACAACCACAAGGGGGGGCGCUCGCCGGUCGGUCUUCAAGGCAGCAACCCCGAGGUCAUCACCCCUACCCUGCGACCCAUCAGCAAUUGCUCCCUUCAGCAGUGGGAACAGAGAGAGAGUCGGACAGACAUCCUGGCCAGAGAGUCUUCGAAUUCCAAGGCAGUUCAGGGUCUGACCGGCCUCCGUAACCUCGGCAACACGUGUUUUAUGAACUCCAUCCUUCAGUGUCUGAGCAACACCAAAGAACUUCGGGAUUACUGCCUGCAAAACCAGUACCUCCGAGACCUUAACAACAACAGUCGCAUGCAGAUGGCCCUCAUGGCUGAAUUUGCCAAGCUCAUCCAGCUGUUGUGGACGUCGUCUCCUAACGAAUCCGUGAGCCCUUCGGAGUUCAAGACCCAGAUCCAGAGAUACGCCCCUCGCUUUGUUGGCUACAACCAGCAGGACGCUCAGGAGUUCUUGCGGUUCCUCCUCGACGGGCUCCACAGCGAAGUGAACCGGGUCUUGGUGCGCCCCAAGGCCAACAGUGACAAUCUGGACCAUCUCCCGGAUGAUGAAAAAGGGAGGCAGAUGUGGAUGAAAUACUUGGACAGGGAAGACAGCCGGAUUGGGGAUCUCUUUGUGGGGCAGCUGAAGAGCUCUCUGACUUGUUGUGCCUGUGGGUACUGCUCUACGGCCUUUGAUCCCUUCUGGGACCUCUCGCUGCCCAUCGCCAAGAAGAGCUACGGGGAGGUGAACUUGACUGACUGCGUGCGGCUCUUCACCAAGGAAGACGUGCUGGAUGGAGAUGAAAAGCCGACCUGCUGCCGCUGCAAAACCAGGACGAAGUGCACAAAGAAGUUCAGCAUCCAGCGGUUCCCCAAGAUCCUGGUGCUGCACCUGAAGCGUUUCUCGGAAGCCAGGAUGCGAUCCAGCAAGCUCACCACUUUUGUAAACUUCCCGCUGAAGGAUCUAGACCUGAGGGAGUUCGCUUCCCAGAGCUGCAACCACGCGAUUUACAACUUGUACGCCGUCUCCAACCACAGCGGCACCACCAUGGGGGGCCAUUACACCGCCUACUGCAAGAACCCCGUGUCUGGCGAAUGGCAUGCUUUCAACGACUCCCGCGUCACGCCGCUGUCUUCCAGCCACGUCCGGAGCAACGACGCCUACUUGCUUUUCUACGAGCUGGCCAGCCCAUCUUCGCGAAUGUAGCCACCGCACGCCUCCCUCCACCCUGUCCCAGCAGAGGGAAGGGAGCCAGGCACCAGCUCUUUGAAGGAAACACCCAGGACAAUGGUGAUUCUUGAGGGAUUUUUUUUCUAAGCUGGUUUUUUUUGGUCUUUUUUUUUUCUUAAAAAAACCACAAAAACAAAAACCGCGAAAAAAAAAGGGAGAAAGAGAGUCCUAAUAAAGCGUUGACUUAUGAUGCCGACUUUUACGGGAAGACCUUUCUCCUGCGUAGGGGGCGUAGGCCGAAGAGUCGCUCCGUCCAGCAUUGUGGCCUUGCAGACUCCGCGGACGGAACCACGGACAGGGCCGCUCUCGGCUCCCAAAAUCACCUGUGGCUAUUGGGUGGGGGAGGGGGCUUUGCAUUGUUUCCCUCUCUUUCUCUUUCUUUUAUUCUCUGUGGCUUUCUUCUCUUGGGCGCACACUCUGUGUUUUUUUUUUUUUUUUAAACUCCUCUCUCUUUUAGUGUGUAAUAAACCAUGAACAGCCGCUCUUCUGGGGCAGGAACCUGUCUGUCCCAUUUUAUCUGCACGCCCCUUUCUCUUCCAAACACUGCUGUCCCCUUGCCUGGCCACAGGCCUAUCAAGAAGGAACUGGAAUGGCGUUUCCGGGGAAACGGGAGUCACUGACUUCGGACAGCCAUAUUUUCUUCUCUGCGUCCAGCGGCGCCACCUGGAGAGGGCCGCGAAGCUCUGCAGUUUAGAAACUGAUUUUAAAAGUUGCACUAUGGAUUCUGGGUCAGCGUUUCUGCACAGACAGCUGCGUGCACACCGGGGGAGCAAAAGGAUACGUUUGCGGCUUUGGCUGUCUUCCCCUGCCGGACUGGCGUGCGUUUCCCAGGGAGAAGCUUGAAGGGCAGCUCCGUCGCUCUGUCAUGAACCCGGCCAAGAAUGCACAAGCUUGAUUUCUGACGGGUCGGAGGCAAGGAUCUGGAACGACCGUUCUCAUAUACCCCCUUAAUGUUUUAAGGGACGCUGACUGGUUUUGUUUUUGUUUUUCAGCAAACUUUGUCCUUAAAAAAAGGACAGCUUCUGACUGGAAUUGAGGGAUGCUGAUGAAGUGAACAUUGAAAGGGGAGGGAGGGUUUGGAUGAAUGUUUUUAACUGCCUGCUUUCACAACAGUGCCUUAAACCCUCUGAGGAACGUGUUUUCCGAAUGAACAAAAAUGCUCUUUGAAGGAAGGCUGAGGGCAACCAUGGCAAAUGCUUUUCCCGCUUCCUGAAUUCCCCCACAGCUUUCAUGGGACAGGGUCAGUCCCGUUCAGAAAUGUGCCCGGCAGUUGGUGCCAACCAAAGAAGUCACCGCAUUCCCAGUGCCAGGUUGCCUGGCACUGGUUUUGUGCUUGGCUUUCUAAGGUAACAAGGCCCCCAUCUAGUCUGGGCGUAGGGGGUGUGCAAGCAAAGAGUUCUCCCGCCAUCUCAGAGGUGAAGAAAACUGAGCCAGCUUCUAGUCAGCUGAUGAACGUCACUUGCCUUAUUUCAACUUUUCGUCUCGGCGAUUCCCUUCAUGCACAAGCGGCUGUUACUCGGCAGGCCGAAACCCCACAUAGGGUCCCAAAUCCUUUUGUGACAGGUGAUAGUUCAACAGGUGUGGUCACUUUUUCUCAUUGCUGCAUUUCUCUAAGCAGGAGCGGGGGGGCAGGGGUGGGAAUGAUCCACCACGGUGAAUAAUUCCCCCCCCCCCGGCCUGUUAUGAAGCUGCUGACUACACAGAGUUCCACUCAGGAAACGAAGGAGGCAGUUUCAAAGAAGGCAGACACCUCAGUGGGCAUACCAUUCGACUGUUUCCGCUUCCUGAGGUGAACGCAACAAUCCUCCCUAUCUUUUCCAGAGUGGACGGGGAUGCAAAAAACGUCCCUACAAGAACCUGAGCCAUUGCCUGCUCCCCCCACCCCAGGUUGCCCAGAGGGGCAGCCUUGACCCCGUUUGUUCCUGGCCAUCUUCUAGGGUACCAACCCCCCCCCCCCCCCCAGUAUUUUCCCUGUAAAUUAAAGACCCCAUCCCUUCCUGCGUUCUUUCCAUAUGAUACCCACCCUCGGUCACUUCAGUGGCUUCAAAGGGAAAGCCUUCUUUUGGCCCCUCUCUUCCCAGUUUUCACUCCACUUUCAAUGUAGCUGGGGUGGGGGGGGCUAGAGAAGACCUCCCCUCAGGGUGAAUAGAGAAGGUCAUGCAAGAUGUCCAGGGUUUGCGAGAGGCGAGGAGGCCCGUCUCAGUGGGCUUUUCCGGUGUGGUUUGAAUGGCUUGUUUACUGUGUAAGCAAGGAUUGGGGAGAGAUUCCUGUCGUUCAGAAGGGAGACUUGUACAGAAAUAAAAUAGCUCGAUAAACUC